UCGGGCCGGGAGGAACGCACGGCAGCGAUGGCGGCUCUUGCGCUCCUGGUGAUCGGUGCGGUGGUGGGGGUGCAGGUUGGCGGCGCGUCGCCACUGGUUGGCGCGUCCUCCGCGUCUAUAGCUGAGGCGGCGACGUAUCUGGCGCGCUACGGCUACUCGUCUUCCAGCCCGAGCGAGGACCGGUCUGGUGCGCUCGUCACGCUCGCCAGCAACAUCGCUGAGUUCCAGCAGUUCGCCGGACUUGAAGUGACAGGUGAACUGAACGACGUCACGCUGGCCAAGAUGCGCCAGCCCCGCUGCGGAGUCAAGGACAAAUUGGGGCCGAGCUACCGCGCGCGUCGCCGGAAGCGUUACGCCCUGCAAGGAAGUCGCUGGCGUGUUAAGAAUCUCAGCUACAAAAUCACGAGCUGGCCAAGCAAGCUGCAGGACGAGGAUGGAGUUAGAAAAGCAAUCAGGGAUUCCUUUCAGGCCUGGGAAGAUGUCUCUGCUCUGAAGUUCAAAGAGGUCGCUGCCACUGAGAAGGCAAACAUUGAAAUCAGGUUCGCUGCGGCUGACCACAGCGACGGCGAUCCGUUUGACGGGCCGGGCGGCACGCUGGCACACGCCUUCUUCCCCAUCUACGGAGGCGACGCGCACUUCGACGACGACGAGCAGUGGACAAUCAACCCACGCAGCCGGCGGGGCAUCGACCUCUUCAUGACGGCCGCGCACGAGUUCGGCCACAGCCUGGGCCUCUCGCACUCGUCCGACAAUCAGGCGCUGAUGGCACCCUUUUACAAACCACCCAGCCUCUCCCGCGACGUGAUCAAGGAGGACGACAUAUUGGCUAUUCAGGAGCUGUACGGAAAACCAGCCAGCAUCAAACCGAAGGUGCCCGCUACGACAGGUGGAGGGGGAACCUCAAGGGACGAAGACAGCAUGACAAAGACUGAAGACGACAGCAUUCUCUGCACAGACAGCUCUGUCGAUGCCAUUUUUACCGUCCCGUCCAACAACCGCACCUACGUCUUCAAAGGAGAAAAUUACUGGCGAUUGACCGAUAAGGGUGUGGAGAAGGACUACCCAAGAAAGAUUGCGGAGGCAUGGGAUGGUGCUCCGAACAAUGUUGACGCUGUUCUGACGUUGUCUGGCACUGCAAGGAUCUACUUUUUCAAGGGCUCCGAGUACUGGCGUAUGACAGGAUUUAAAAUGGACGCUGGAUAUCCCAAGAAGAUCUCGGCAGGCUUUAGAGGAAUCGAGGACAACGUGGCUGCCGUCUUCCAAUGGAUACCCAACGGAAAAGUAUACUUCUUCAAGGGCAACCGAUACUGGAGGUACGAUCCCAAGAGUGAGCCCGAGGUGGCCUCCGACUACCCACGACCCAUCAACACGUGGGACGGCAUACCGAACAACAUCGACAGUGUCAUGACGUACAAAAACAAGAGGACCUACUUCUUCAAAGGAAAUGAAUACUACCGAUUCGACGACAUCGACUUCAUGGUGGACGAUAGCUCCAUCCCGUACCCGCGCUCCGUGGCCGCCUACUGGUUCGGCUGCAGCAACCAGCCCUCCAACCUGGUCACGCCGUCCAGCGUCCGCGGCGACAUGGCCUCCGGCGAGGCCGACGGCGACGCCGGUAAAGAAGCCUAAAGGCUGACUCGUGUGCUUCCGCACACUUACAGUGAUCGGCUUCGGGGACGGCGA